AUGAAAACCCAGAACUCGGUCUACUACCGGCCAUUUCCAGGCAAAAGUCUUAACGUUCAUCCUGUCACCAUAUUAAAUGCCGACUCUUCACCUACCUCGUCUACAUCCUCUUUGGCCGUUACAAGUACCUCCAAAGCUGUCACACCUACAACUUCAUCCUUCCCCAGAGCUAUCUCUUUGGGAAGACCCACUCAGGCAUUACCUGGAAUAACCAGUUUUACCAAGGAAACCCCCAAUAUGCCCAGCGAUUCGUCUGCCAGGUCCACCAGGUCUGCCAGAGCUACCAGUGCUGCCAGAGCUUAUAUUUCCACUUGUGGAUCAUCUACCUCGGAUCCACAUCAUGUACUCAACUCCCGAUUCGGCAGUAACUCCACGCUUACAGACUCUUCCAUUUCCCCACUUGGAUCCAGGGGCUCUGCGUCGCCUUCAUCCUAUACCGAUUCUUCUCCGUCGUCAUCACCUGAUUCUCCGGCGACUCUUCAGCAUGCUGUUACAGUUCCUUCCAUCUCAGAUUUGGACAAAAGUAUUGGUGCCAAUGCCAGUACUUCAUCCGAUGAUGCAGAAAAACAGGUGGGGUCCUCCUUGUAUCCAAAGGUGGCCAAACUCCCAGCAACAUCCAUCACCAGUUCUAGGAAAUCAAAGUCUCAGAGACCCCAGAAACUAAAAAAUAGUAAUGGACCUCUCCGUUGCCGCUGGAAAGGCUGCAAUCUUCUGUUCCAGGAUGCUCAACAUCUCUACGACCAUCUGUGCCGCUUUCACGUGGGUCGUAAGUGCAACAGAAACCUUUCCUUGGCUUGCCAAUGGGAAAACUGUCAAGUUGUCACUGUUAAACGUGAUCAUAUAACAUCACAUUUGCGUGUUCACAUCCCUUUGAAACCUUAUCCUUGCGAGCAAUGCGGUAAGCGGUUCAAGAGACCACAGGAUUUGAAGAAACAUUCGAAAAUUCAUUCAAAUAACAAAAAGGGACUAAAACCUGAAGAUCCUCAAGGCUUGCAAACUGUGCCUUUCUUGCAGAAAAGCCACUCUACCUCCGUUGGUAGUGCCCCUCUUCCUGUAUACAACUAUGCACAUGGGAUUUCUUCUCAUCCGCUAACGAGCAUUCCAUCUCUUACUGAAAGUACAGACGCAAAAAAGCGGAAAUUCGAAAUUUCCGGGUUUGCAUCUCAGCUACCUGCUUUGUAUGAUGACCUAAAAAGAUCCAAAGUUCGACCAGUAUACAGCAACACGAUGGCUAAUAAGCUUAACACCGUUCCUUUAGGUAAAUAUUCCUUCAACAACAACAAGUUACCGUCCAUUUCUGCUAACUUGGGUGGAUUUGGCAAUACCCAAGAGCUUAUGGAGGCUUCUUCCUACUUUAAUCAGAUCUCUACCAGCAUGAGUUCGCAACAACCUACUUUCUUACCAUUAGGAGGACCAAUAUCAGUUCAUCUUGCACAUCCUAGUAAUGCUCAAACGUCUCAUUCUACGGGAAACAUAUAUCCUUCAUUGCCUUGUAUUUCCAAUGGAUACUACCCUCAGUAUGGCUUCAACAAUUCUGCUCCUUUAAAUAUAAAUAGAGGAUCGGACAUUGGAACGAACCAGAGGACUAGUCAUGAUGAUAUGGUGAAAAGAUUGGCCAAGAUGAGUUUGAACGAGGAAGACGAAGACGAAGAAGAGGACGAAGAAGAAGAAAUAUAUGAUAUUCAAGAUGACAAUAGCAGCCAGACUGAUUCGGACGCUGAAGAUCAAGAAAAUGAUUCUGAAAGCAAAAUUGAUACUUACAUGAGACAUAAAGAACUGAUUGAUCUGAUUGGGGAGUAUCUUGAAGAAUUGGUUGAGAAUUCGAAGAAGGAAGAUAUAAGAAACGAGGAAGAGUGUCCUCAGAGGACAUUAUACCCUACAAUUAAGGUGUAA